CAGAACUAAAAGGCCCUGAAAAGCAAUAUCUUCUUCUCUCUACCCAUCUGUCUUUGUAUAACACUGUGAGCUCCGUCAAAACCUUGGAGGCUGAAAAAAAUGGCAGCAGAGGUGGUGCUGCAGGUGGCCCUUCUGAUCCUAACCCUUGCCAUAUUCUUCGCCAUACACAAACUCUCCAAACAAGCCUUAACCAAGCUGCGAACCAACAACCGAGCCACUCUCCAAGCCACCCGACACUUCGUCCUCGGAUCCCAGCUCCUGACCCGAGCCCGAUCCACUCCCCACAAGACCAAGUCCCACUCCCACGCCAAAUCCGCUUUAACCGAGGCCGAGAAGGCCCUCUCUCUCUCGCCCCGAGACCCGGGCCCGCACAUCCUCAAAGCCCUAGCUCUGGAUCUCUUGGGCCACCGGAACUCCGCCCUGCGAUCGCUCGACGCCGCCUUGUCGCCGCCGUGCGUUAAGUCACUCGCGGAUAGGGAGCGUGGGGAGGCGUUGGUGAAGAGGGCGGAGCUGAAGCUCGCGCUGAACCGGCGGCGCCGGGUCGACUCGGCGGUCGAGGACCUGGUUGAAGCGGUUGGGCUGAGUUCGGGUGAGGGUAGUACGACGGCGUUUUGUUUGUUGGGUCAGUGUUACGAGCGGAAGGGGAUGAGGGACGAAGCUAGGGAGGCCUUCGAGCGGGCCUUGACGAUGGAUUCUGGGUCGGUAUUGGCCCGUCAAGGCUUGGACCGGUUGCGGCUUAAUCAAAGUCCAAGCCCAUGAAAUUGGACCUGGCUAAUGGACUUGGACUGAUUUGAUGUCGUGAAGGCCCGAAUUUCUGUUCGAAGCAUUUGAGGCAUGGGAAUCCUUUUCGGGUUUUGAAAGGGAGCAUGGUUCUUUUUUUCGGAUGAUAUUGGUUGCUUGAUUUUAAUGGAAUGUAUAGACUCUGAUUUUCGUGUAUUUAUUUU